CUGCCUCUUCCAUUCAUUUCAUUCAAUCUCAAAUCGCACCGCCUUCCGUUUAUGGCUUCUCUCGCAGUAGCAUUCUCUCCGGCCGCCGGAAGAGUUUUCGCGGCGACGGCUGCCAAGGGCGCCGGCGGAAGCAAGGAGGAGAAAGGACUUCUCGAUUGGAUUUUAGGAGGACUACAGAAAGAGGAUCAGCUUCUCGAGACCGAUCCGAUCCUGAAGAAAGUGGAGGAGAAGAACGACGGCCGGAAAAACUCCGUGCCGGUGCCGCAGAAGAAGAAAGGAGGAUUCGGAGGACUGUUUUCCAAGAAUUGAUUCUCGAUCGAUUGUUAAGGAGUUCAAUCGAACCGACGUCGUGGAGGGACGCCGCUAAUGCAAGGGAGUCACACCGCCGUGGAGGGAUGUCGCCACCGCUACUGUUCGAAUCUGGGGAAUGCAUCGCCAAGCUACUGCAGAUCAUCGUUUAUGGUGGGUUGCGUCGUCACGAGUUUGUCGUUGCUUAGGUGUCGUUAGAAAAAGGGUGGUUUUAGGAAGUUUAUAUGGAAUUUAGUUUAUAUCCGGAUAUAUCUAAGGGUUGUAGUUGGAGAGUAGUUGCUAACAGUAAUUUCAGGAAGUUUAUAUGAAUUUUAGUUCCGUGAUUUUAGGAAAUUUAUAUGGAAUUUAGUUUAUAUCCGA